ACGUCACAAUUUCAAAUAAUCAUAACAAUCGUUUAUAUUUAUUUUUUAUUGUUAAACAUUGUUAAAGUAAAUAUCACAGUUAAUUUAAAUGUUAUCAUAAAUUAUUGUUACAUUAAUAUAGAUAAUUUGUCAUCAAGUUUCAAUGUUAUUGCGUGUUAUUUAUAAUUAAUCGAGAAACAAUUAAAAAAAUUAUAAAUAUUGUAGAAAUAUAACCUAAACGUUUUGUGAUAACUCGUUGUGUUUUUUUUCCUUGUUUUGUUAGCUGAUUGUGUAUUAUUAUAGAUAAAAAAAAAAUUAAUUAACUAACAAUGGGAAAAACAUCAAAAGAUAAACGGGAUAUUUAUUACCGCCGUGCUAAAGAGGAAGGCUGGAGAGCUAGAAGUGCUUUUAAACUUUUACAAAUUGAUGACGAGUUUCAAAUUCUGAAUGGUGUUACUAAAGCUGUAGAUCUUUGUGCAGCACCAGGAAGCUGGAGUCAAGUUUUAUCUCGAAAAUUAACGGAGAACUAUGAAAAGAAAAUUAUUGAACAUAAAAAAUUGAAUAAUACAGAUGAUAAAAUUGAUAUAUCAUCACCAAAAAUAAUAGCUGUUGAUUUACAAGCAAUGGCACCACUUGAUGGUGUCAUACAAAUACAAGGUGACAUAACAAAGGUAUCAACUGCUGAAGAAAUAAUUAAACACUUUGGAAAUACAAAAGCUGAUUUGGUUGUAUGUGAUGGAGCACCAGAUGUAACUGGACUUCAUGAUAUGGAUAUUUAUAUUCAAUCUCAAUUGUUAUUAGCAGCAUUAAAUAUUACAACUCACAUAUUAUCACCAGGUGGUACAUUUGUUGCAAAAAUAUUUCGUGCAAAAGAAGGAUCAUUACUUUAUUCUCAAUUAAAAAUUUUUUUUACAAAUGUAUCUUGUGCUAAGCCAAGUAGUUCAAGAAAUUCAAGCAUUGAAGCAUUUGUUGUUUGUAAGAAUUAUUCACCACCAGAUGGUUAUACACCACAUAUGUUUAAUCCAUUAUUGACACAUGAACCAGUUAAUUUUAAUGAGCUCAGUGAUGUCAAUAAAUAUGUCGUACCAUUUGUUGUUUGUGGAGAUUUAACACAACCUGAUUCUGAUGCGUGUUAUCCACUUGAUAUUGAUGGUAAUAAAUAUGAAUUUACUGAACCUAUCCAAAUGCCAAUAAAUACACCAUAUGAAGAAGCUAUUGGUUUAUCAUCAAAGGACAAUCUGAAACGUGGUAAUGCUAGUGUUGUUAUUCAGCAUUCAAAAAAUGAUAAUUUAAAUAAUCAGAAUAAAAAUACGAGUCAAUUUAAUAACAAUUGUGAUAUUUCAAAUGACAUGAAAAAUUUAAAUGUUUAAAAAUUAAUUUUUUAAUUCAUUUUUUUCUUUUUUCAUUCAAUAAAUAAGUAUAUACUUAUAAAAAUAUUUAAAAGAAAAAAAAAAAAC